GGGCCGGAGCCGGCCUGGUCGCCAGCCUAACCCGGCACAGUGAGCGGAGCGCCUGGGCGGCGGCGGCGGCGGCGGCGUGAUGGCUCCGGCCGCGGACCGAGAGGGCUACUGGGGCCCCACGACCUCCACGCUGGACUGGUGCGAGGAGAACUACUCCGUGACCUGGUACAUCGCCGAGUUCUGGAAUACAGUGAGUAACCUGAUCAUGAUUAUACCUCCAAUGUUCGGUGCAAUUCAGAGUGUUAGAGACGGUCUGGAAAAACGGUACAUUGCUUCUUAUUUAGCACUCACAGAAGUACUUCAGAUUUGAGAAAAGAGCACAUAACUAUGGCUAAAAGAUGGGAUUUGUAAUCUCUGGAGUUUUUUACUUCAAGUCUGAGGAUCCAAACUGACUAAGUGAAGUAAAGAAAUAAGCAGCUAUUGGAUGAACUCCCAAUGAUAUACAGCUGUUGCAUAUUUGUGUACUGCAUGUUUGAAUGUUUCAAGAUCAAGAACUCAGUAAACUACCAUCUGCUUUUUACCUUAGUUCUAUUCAGUUUAAUAGUAACCACAGUUUACCUUAAGGUAAAAGAGCCGAUAUUCCAUCAGGUCAUGUAUGGAAUGUUGGUCUUUACAUUAGUACUUCGAUCUAUUUAUAUUGUUACAUGGGUUUAUCCAUGGCUUAGAGGACUGGGUUAUACAUCACUGGGUAUAUUUUUGUUGGGAUUUUUAUUUUGGAAUAUAGAUAACAUAUUUUGUGAGUCACUGAGGAACUUUCGAAAGAAGGUACCACCUAUCAUAGGUAUUACCACACAAUUUCAUGCAUGGUGGCAUAUUUUAACUGGCCUUGGUUCCUAUCUUCACAUCCUUUUCAGUUUGUAUACAAGAACACUUUACCUGAGAUAUAGGCCAAAAGUGAAGUUUCUCUUUGGAAUCUGGCCAGUGAUCCUGUUUGAGCCUCUCAGGAAGCAUUGAUGAAUCAUUCCACCAAGAAAACAAACAAGCACCUACCAUAGACCUGGCAGAAUAAAUAAGGAAAUCCUUAAAGAUCUACAAGUUCAAAUAUGUCAUGACCAUCACAGCAGAGGAGUGACUUUCUGACUAAUGCUGCCACCCACACAGAGAAUAAGGAGUAGGGCCUGCUGGGUGUUUAGCUCAUGGCUUUAUCUUAUUUGUCCCCCUCCUCCUUUCACGCUCCAGUUUAUAAAGAAACAGAGAUGAUGUGUGUGUAUGCCUCAAAUGCAGAAACAGUUGGGCUUUUCUUAACAGGUUAACAGUUUGUGCUGGUUAUAAGAAAUUAACCUUCUUUUCUUUUUGCCAAGGGUUGCAUGUGAAUUAUACCUUUCUUAAUAUUUGAUUAAAUAAUGCAGUCAGCUAAGAGCCAACAAAACCCCAUAUCCAGAUAGUUAGCUGUGAGCCAGCACUCAGCUGUGUCAGAUUUGAUUAAUAUUGUAUUAAUCUCAUGGAUGGUUCUCAAAGGUAAAAAAAGAGAGAGAAAGAGAGAGAGCUAGCUGUGGGAUUCUGUGUAGUUCUUCACUAUCUGUUCCAGGGCUAGUCGGAGGAUCAUAAGCAAGCUCAGACCUGCCCCCAGUUCAGUACUUGACCACAUCCCAGGAUUUAUGGUGUCUGUCUAUGGCCACAGCCAACCAGAAUGAGUGGGUCAUCUUAUAACCUUUCUGAAGCCCCAUGAGGACAUGUAUAGAAUGCUGCACCUUCAGCCAGCUCUGCUCUGAUCUUUGCAGAUCUUUAAGUUGUCACUGUUUCUACGGCUAGACAAAUAUGACUAGUGGUCUAGACUACCCAUAGUUCAUCCUCCUCACAUAACUUAUUUGAAGUUGUCAUGAAGUUGUCAGGGAAUGUCAUUACACUCUGAUUUUUAAAAUUAUGCAGUAUUUUCCAGUUCUCAGAGAGGUCAUGGUUGUGCCCAGGGAAGUGUGUUGCAUUAACUAAAGCUAAAAUUAUCAGAAUCCUAUUUACAUAAAGCAUAUUAAAAUAUCUGCUCCUUAAUUUUCUGAAGGAAAUAGAUGUAAGUUUCUGCUACUUGAAACCUACAGAACCGACAAAAAUUAGGGUGCUAAAAAAAUGACAGUGAAAUCUCAUCGUAAGGCAGCUAGUUCUAAUUUGCAUUUGAAUGUAUAACAAAUUGCAUCACUUUUCACAAACUUAACACCUGCCUGGAGUAAAAAUCUGAUUUGACCCCUCUGCUCAUGUUUCAUCAUAUUUGUAGCUCUGCAUCAUUUAGCAUUUUUAUGACUUUUUUUGCUUUAUAUAAAUUAUUGUAAAAUCCAGAUUGUUUUUACAUGAUGACAUGACUCAAGACUAAAUCCUGAGCUACAGUUUCAAAAGGAAAAUCAUUUUCUUCUUAUGCAAAGAUGGUAAAACACUGUUGUCAUUUUUUCCAGUAUUCAAUAAGUAGCCUUUGUACAAAUUUAAAACCAAAAACUAUUCUGUUGUUUUUCUUCACCUACUAGCCUUAGUUUUUAACCAAGUAUCCAAGGAUGUCAACUUGACAUCCUUCCCUUAGCAUGCCAACAAGCCAUUAGACUGAUUCUUCCGCCUACUUUUAUGAACCUCCAGGAAGAAAAACACUUGCCAAAACAUUAAGAGAACUUUGAUUCUGCCUUAAGAGGGUAUAAAACUAAACCAUUUGAAGGCACAGCCCAUAAGACUAUACUUGAUUUUGCCCCAAGAUUCUGACUUCUGGCUACAUUUCACCUGCAGUUACCUGGGCUAUCGGCCGUGAUACAUUUUUUAAUUCAUUUGUUUUCCACCAUUAUAUUUUUAUACUUUUCAGUUAGAUAUACUUCUGCAUAAAGAGUAUAUAUACAGUGUAGGAUAAAGGCAUAUCGUACAUGGCAAUGCUGUUAAACAUGGUAAGACUGAGGUUCUGCAGGAUUAAAGUCAGAUUAAGGGUACAGAAAGCACACCUUGAUACUGAGGCCAUUUAGAGCAAUUUGUUUAAUGAGUGGUUCAGCCAUCACCACCAGUGGCCACCUGUUCAAUAAAAUUGCCUAGCACCACAGUGGAGAGUCAUCUACACCCCAAGGUGACCUGUAAGACUGGCCAAUUCUUUGAAGACCUUUUUUUCUGUUGGGAGAAUGGAAAGCAGAAAGGGAAGCCAGGCUCUUUAAUGUUCCAAGUCAGCUGUGCCUCACACAAGGCUCUCUUUUUAGCUACUAAGUAACACACUCAAGACUUUGUAUCUGUGCAGCAUUUUAUGGAAAUCACUGGUGACCUAUAGGAUAUUACUAAAUUAUUUCAAUAGCUUUAUUUUUUUCCUACUUGGAUUCUAGGUGGACAUUACAGGGUUGAAUCCCUCACUACCCCCUCCCGCUGUCAUUUGUUUUAUUGGAAAACUUCAUGUUAACUAGAGUGUACAAAAAGUCUGUUUCCUGCUGAGCCAAUAGUGAUUUGUUUGCAUAUCACCUAAUGUGAAAAGUGCUCAUCUGUGAACUCUACAGCAAAUUAUAUUUUAGAAAAUACUUUGUGAGGCCAGGCAUGGUGGCAGAGCGAGACUCCGUCUCAAAAAAAAAAAAAGAAAAGAAAAUAUAAGGAUGUAAAAGAAGCAAUUUGCUUGCACAUCUGAAUAUCCUUCUUGUGCCUCCAUUUUCACUCUUGAAAACUGAAAGCAAUUUGACUUUUAUUUUUGUUUUUCUAAAGAACAGCUAGGUGAAAGGAGGUUAAGCUGAUGAUUGUCACUCUGCCUGCCCACUACCUACUCCCCACCAUGGUGUUUCAUGAAACAUCCCCACCACCUGAAGUGAUCUUUUUAAUCCUUGUGAUAGUAAAUGCAUUGAUAAUUAACAGGAAAAACAUGUUUUUAAAUAAUCUACAAAUGAGAACCCAAAUAGUAGUGUUUUGUUUGACAGAAGUAAAUCAAAUAUUAUGGUUUAAAUAUAAUGCAAAAUUUCAGGACAGUUAAUUUGGGCUUCCCUUACCCUAAGAGGGUUUUUCUUAUAAUAAGGAGAAGAGGUGUGGUUCAAAGAAAAUUAAGAGACAAAACCUUCAGGUACAUAAUGCAUGAAAAUCUUUAAAUGCCUGCAAAAAUUAAGUUCUGUUAUAAUACCAGCCAAUUCUGAAUUAGCCAAUGCACUAAAAGCAUCUAACAAUUUAAGGUUAUCUUAUGAGUCCUAUGAAAACAAUUAUUUGUUGCUAAAUUUGAGUUUUAGCUACCAACGCCAUGUUUACGUGACAAGAAAUUGUUUUGGCCCUGUGGUUUAUGACGUGCUGCUGGAUAAGCAUUUAUGUAAAACUGAAUAUUUCAAAGAGAACCAUUUACAAUUGGAAUUUCCACCUGUGUGGCUGUUUGCAGACCUACCUCUGUCUUCCAUUUUGCAUCCUGUCAGUGCUAUAAUUAGUUUGAUCACUUUGUCUUGUUUUUCAGUGUCUACAAUUAUAGCUUAUUCACUAUGUUCUAACUAUUUAAAAAUAAUGGGCCGGGCGCGGUGGCUCAUGCCUGUAAUCCCAGCACUUUGGGAGGCCGAGGUGAGCAGAUCACAAGGUCAGGAGAUCGAGACCAUCCUGGCUAACACGGUGAAACCCCGUCUCUACUAAAAAUACAAAAAAUUAGUCGGGCAUGGUGGCGGGCGCCUGUAGUCCCAGCUACUCGGGAGGCUGAGGCAGGAGAAUGGCGUGAACCUGGGAGGCAGAGCUUGCAGUGAGCCAAGAUUGUGCCACUGCACUCCAGCCUGGGCAACAGAGCGAGACUCUGUCUCAAAAAAAAAAAAAAAAAAAAAAGUAAAAUUUGAUUUAAAGUAGUUAAACCCCUUUAUGGAAGGAGCUGCAAAAUGAAAAAAAAAAAAAAAAAAAGGAAUCAUGUCAUCUUGACCCAGCUGACUGGAAAUUUUCAAUACUGUCUUUUAACUGUUGUACUCCAGCCAGCCUGGGCAACAGAGUGAGACCCUGUCUCAAAAAAAAAAAAAAAAAAAAAAAAGAA